AUGGCUUCAUCAGGGAAUGAGAUAGAAAUAUGGACUCACAGGCAAGGUGGCGGAAUUGGAGAGCUGGUAGAGCCCGUGACCUCUCCUGAAAACGGUGAUCGUCUUUCACCAGGGAAGUCGAUCGGCAGCGUAGACCAUCUGCACCUCCCUGGAAGAGUAGACUCUGCUUACAGCUCUUUCUCAGGGGGCUCAAACAUUCCAGAGUAUCCCACCCCAUCGUGCUAUAGCGAAAACUGCUGUUUGCCUCCACAGCAGGUACCGUACAUGGACGCAGAAUACGUAAGAGGUAUUUACAAUCUCAGCGCAGCAACCUCUGACCUCCGAUGCCCGCAUCCACCCAAGGCUUUAAAUCCAAGACUGCUGCCUCUGGCUGCACCUCCACCUUCUCCUCCCAUGCGACUCGAUAGCUAUAAAGUCACUAGACACCUGGAAAGCUCAAGAGGGAGACGCAACUCGGGAGGUCACGGUGAGUGCAGUGUGCAGCCGGUGCCUUGCCGGCAGGACAGUUGGCUAGCGGACAGGGAUGUGCCGUGGGGUCAAUGCAGGGAUGAAGUUACUGAGCCAGACAUAGCGGCUGCUAGGAGAAGGACUCUGGAAAAUGAGGGCCUUUCUUCUGCUGAUUCUACAAAGGAGGUAUUGAUAUCAAAAAUUCAGGGAUUAAAGGUGGAAGAAAAUGGAGAGUGGAGCUCAUCCCAACAACCUGUAAAGAGAACCAAUCCACACGUUUUCCGCAGACCUUCUUCAUUCAUUUUUCAAGAAUAUUUGAAGACUGACUCUGUGGCUAACAUCCCUAAAAUACUUUCUGCUUACAAUUCAGUUUAUGCUUAUAAAAUUCCUGAAGAGGUGAGCUCCAAGUCCUAUCACCCAGCGCAUACCAACCCUGGCGCUGUUAAUGAUACACGAGAAGACAAACAGUGUCCUGGCAGUGGAUGGAAGCCAACUUCCAGAGGAGCAGAUCUGCGAAGUGCAGUGCCGGAACCCAACCGACGAAAAGGAUCCUUGCCCUGCGCUCCGUGCCCGCUCCCUGCCGACUUGCAUUCGGACUUGGAUCAAGAGGUGUUUGAGGAUAGUUGUGACUUAAAAUCUAUGGAGAAUGCUCUUCCAGUUAAAAAUGCCUCCAGGAAGCUGAACAGUUGUGCAGCUGAAAAUCAGUGCUGUGACUCUGAAGGAAAAACUGGGCGUGAUGUUAGGGAACUGCUGCUGAAUCAGCAAGCCCAAACGCAGAGAUCAUCACUGUCCUGCAGCUACGGCGCUGCAGAAACGGAGCUCCCUCGCUGUGAGGAGUUGGGUCAGGGAGAUCGGCACCGCUACGAUAACACUACCCAAACAUCCUUUUUCAGACCAAAGGAAGAUUCCACAUCCCAGUCUUCAUGUGAAGUGAAGAAAGAAGAACAGGCUAAUAACAGCAGUCCUGGCUUUAGCACGCAGCUAGAACAAGAGGAACCUCCUGUUCAGAAAAGCCAAGCUGAAUUCCAAAACCAGCUCUUACGACAGCUCCGGGAUGAUCUGGCUGGUGAGCAAAUAACCAGGCAGACCACUCCCAUGCUUUACUAUCUUUCUGGGGGGAAAACCACCGACAUCCUGCACAGCAAGCUCGCCCAACGACAAGGGGACUCAAGGAGCUCACCAAAGGAAUGUCCAGUGAGCAGCUGCUCUGCCUCAGCGCGGUGUGUAGAGGCACAAGGGGGAAGCAGUGGGCUCCGAAGGACCAGCCACCGCCAUCAGUGCAGCGCUGAGGAGCUCCUGCUCGAGCCUGAUGAUCUCAGGGGUCCUGCUUCAUCCACGGAUGAGAGUUUUAAGAAUGACUAUAGAGAGAAACUGAAAGUGGCUCAAAAAAAGGUUCUGAGGGAAACCUCCUUUAAGAGAAAAGACUUACAGAUGAGUUUGCCUGUUAGACUGAGACAGAAACCCUCUAAAAGACCAUCAGUUGAGCACCUUCGGUCUUUCUCGUUAUCCCACGCAGGCGAGGAUGCCCAACCUUGUUCCCUUUCUCAUCUAGAAUCCUUGGGAAGUUUCAGUAGAGAUGAAGAAGUUAAGAGGCCGCAAACAGGUAGAAUAGGGGGAAGGAAAAGGGUAACAAAGGAGCAAAAGAAACUGUGUUAUUCUGAACCUGAGAAACUGGAUCAGCUGGCAGAUAAGGAGGUGUCAUGGAAUCACGUCAGGGAUGAAAUCACUGAGCAAGAUGUAGUGGCAGCUAGGAGAAAGGCUCUGGAAAACAGAGGGAGGGCACUUUCCAGUUCAAAUAUCUCCAGGAUGGAGCUGAAACAGAUCCAGUAUACUGCACUUAUGGAAUACAUGGAACGAAAGAUUCAUCAGAGACCCGCUAGUUCCCAGCCCCUGCCGCUGCACAAGCCGCCCCUGCAGAAGGGGCUGUCGCAUCCCAGGUGGCCUCCUGGCAAGGUUUCCAGCCCGAGUGGGAGCAGGAGCCUGCAAAACAAUGAGGUUUUCUGCCAAGUUUUCGCUAAAGAAAAAUCGCCAGAUGUUUUCCCUCCUUUGGCUUUUGUUCCCCUGCUGAGAGCGACCAGCAGGUUCGAUCCCAGCUCUGCUGCUGCUGGUACAACGACCUCGAAGAACCACCCUAGUGAAGGGGACGGGAGCUGCGCCGGCAAGCGUGUGUCGGCCGAAAUUCUCCCGCCGGCAGGUGAUCCUGCGUCGGGGAGAGCUCACGAGACAGCGCAAUCAACUCCUCCUUCCACGCAGGCCCCUUGCAGAUGUGCCAGCGGUGCAGCAGCAGCGUCUCGGCGUUGUGAGAGCUGUCUCGACACCCCCAGUUUCUGUGACCCUGGGAAAGAUGGAUGCAAGACUCAUGGAUAUAAAGACAAUGACAUAAUUGGACAUGCGUGUUGUCAGGAUUCUAAGGAGCUGACUCCUGAAACCUUUAUUCCUAUCCCAAGAAGUGGAGGCAAGGAAGAUGCUCAGGUGGAGGAAGAAUGUAGACCCAAACCUGCGAACGGCAACGCUUUAAUAAAGUGUCCAGAGCAGCCUGCAGCUCCUGGGGAGCCAGAAACGAACUGCCACGCAUCAGCGCAGCGUCACCGAGGAGACAGUGGUACAGCCGGGGGUUUAGUGGCAAAGGACUUAUCUGUGCACGAUAGCCAAGAUGAUAUUCUCCCUGAGAGAGAGAUGAAUCCACCCAAAAAGAGACUGCAGUCUCCUGAAGACCAGCGGUACGAAGAACUUGCUAUGGAGAUCAUUGCUGAAGACAAUUCUCUGGUUGAUAUUCUCAUGCCUCACCCUGUUAGAAAAGCUGCUCUAGAUCUGAUGGAGGGUCUUUUUCCUGCUAACAUUUCCAUGCUGGAUAAAUCACAUAGGAAAAAGGGAAACGUACAGCAUGUGCAGGAGAAUGACAGGAGGAGUAAAGGUGCCACAGAAGAACGUCCUGUGUCUGACCACGAUGCCAAGCAAGAUCCUACCUCUGAGGGAAACCAGGUCGUGAAUAGGAGCAGAGACAGCUCGAAUGACCUAGAUGACAUCACGUCUAAGAAACUGGAACUCAUCUCCAGCCUCCGGUCCAAGCUGCAGAGGCUAUGGGAGGAAAGGGAGCUCGUCCUCCGCGAGGCCAGGGAGUGCGCCGAGCGAGGCCGGGAGCUGGAGGCUGUGGUGCGGGAUGUCUGCAAGCCCAAUGAGUUUGAGCGCUACAUGAUGUUCAUCGGCGACCUGGAGAAGGUUGUGAGCCUCUUGCUCUGCUUGUCCAGCCGUCUUGCCCGAGUCCAAAAUGCCAUGAGGAGGAUCGACGGCAACACAGACGCUGAGGAGAAGCAAUCGCUGAACGAACGGCACAAGCUCUUGUCCAGACAGCGGGAGGAUGCAAAAGACCUGAAGGAAAAUCUAGACCGUAGGGAAAAAAAAGCCAAAUACCUGACUGAUCAGCAGCUCCAGGACUACCGACACUUUGUUCAAGUCAAGACCUCCCUGCUGAUUGAACAGAAGGACCUCGAAGAGCAGAUUAAGUUUUUCGAAGAACAACUAGUCAGCCUUGAGCAAAGCAUCUCCCUCUGA